GAGGCUUGGUCCAGUCAACUUCGGUUGCGAAUCUUUUCGCCCUCCCUAACACGCAGUCGCGUUAAAGACACUCAACUCAUCUGCGCUGGAAAAUGAACUUGAGCCGUGUUCGGCCUUUCUACGCGGUCAAGUGCAACCCGGACCCGGAGAUCCUUCGCCUCAUGGCUAAACUCGGAAACGGUUUUGAUUGUGCGUCCAAGGCGGAGAUCGACAUGGCCCUUGACACCGGCAUCGACCCGAGCCGCAUCAUCUACGCGCAGCCCUGCAAGACCAAGUCCUAUCUGCGCUACGCGGCCCAGGUGGGCGUCAAGCAGAUGACUUUCGACAACGCCGAUGAGCUGUACAAGAUCAAGGCCAACUACCCGGACGCUGAGCUUUAUCUGCGCAUCCUUACGGAUGAUUCGAACAGUUUGUGCCAAUUCAGCAUGAAAUUCGGAGCUUCCCUGGAUGUUGCUCGCCAGCUCCUCGAAUUGGCGCACCAGCUCGAGCUCAAGGUUGUCGGCGUGAGCUUUCACGUCGGAUCGGGCGCUGAGGAUCCUAAGGCUUUCCUGAAGGCCGUGCAGGACGCGCGCCUCGUGUUCGACCAAGCCGCAGAGAUUGGCCAUGAACUGCACACUUUGGAUGUCGGCGGAGGUUUCUCCCAGGACACGUUCGAGAAAUUCGCCGGCGUUCUGAGCGAGGCGUUGGACACCUACUUUCCGCCUAGCAUCCGGGUCAUUGCCGAACCGGGUCGCUACUAUGUUGCCAAUGCGUUCACUCUGGCAGCCAACAUCAUCGCUCGCCGUGAGGUGCGCGACCCGGAGGACCCGACCAACGACGCCUAUAUGCUGUAUCUCAACGACGGGGUGUAUGGAAAUUUCUCCAACAUCAUUUUUGACCACCAGCACCCCGUGGCUCAGGUCCUGACCUGCGCAUCGGCCGCGAACUCCCCUUAUGCUGCGACUUCGGGGGGUGUCACGUACUCCAUCUGGGGGCCGACCUGUGACGGCAUUGACGUUAUCUCCAAGCGCAUCGAGCUGCCAGCUCUGCUGGAAGUUGGAGAUUGGCUUUACUUCGAGGAGAUGGGAGCCUACACCAAGUGUAGCGCGACCCGCUUCAACGGCUUUUCGGACAACCACGAGGUGAUUUACAUCUCCAGCGAAGCCGGGGCUUCUGCGCUCCUCGAGUACUAGAUUUACUAUUGUUUGAUAUCUUUUUUUUGGGCUUUCUGUGUUUGGUACCUAUAUGUUGCUCUACUUAGUAGGUCGCUCGUUGACCUGCUUUGUUAAUAAAUGUGUUUGUGUGCUUUUAGAGUUGAUUUCGGGUCGAAAUACAGUGUGCAGAUUACUGAAGUGUCUAUAUAUGGCCAUCU